AUGCGCCUUUCAUACUUGAGAUUGGUACUUUUGGCCGGAGCUCUUUUUCCGAAGGCUGAAGGUGAGGCAGCAGGGCAACUCGUGGUGCAAUCGUCCCCAUCUGAUCGCGACAAUGCUCUGGUGCGAAGAGCUGUCAGAACCCAAAGUUCGGAAGAUGUCGACAAUGAAGAGAGAACUCUAGGAGAGGAGUUUCUGUCGUUUGCGAAACAUACUCUAAGAACACCUGCUGCAGAGCUUGACAAGAUCAACAUCGACACUAUUAGUCAUUUCAUCGACAAUCAAAGUCCGGAAAAUCUUAUCUCCAGCCUCAAGACGAUGGAAGGUAACCUUUUGACAACUUUACAGUGGAAAAUGUGGAUCUUUAAACUUUGUCGUGGAGAACAUGGUACGGAUCCUUCCGAGACUAUAGUGAAUAAUAUGCUACAACAUUUCAGCGUCCAACAUUUGGCCAUGAUGUUUCUGGAUGCAGUCAUAGACCCCACCACGAGUAAUGUUGCCCGGGUACUUGUGAAAACGCUAUCUGAUAAAGUACCCGUUGAUAAAUUCGGUCCCAAGAUACUCAGAGAGUGGCUUGAACUCGAUAUCAAUGUAUCAAAUUAUUACGCCACUGCAAAAUGGAGAAAAUGGGCCGCAUAUCUUACGCUUGUUUUCAAUGAAGGAGCUCAAACAGACAGCAAACUCGCGACAAGUUCAGACGUGAGCAAUAUGUUAGAGCUUCCGCCAAUGCUCAAGACACUGUCUUCUCCGACACAAGCGAACUUUAUGGUAAGCAAAUCAAUGUUGGACACAUUGAAAUCGAUAUGGCUGGAUGAGGGCAGGUUGCCAUCUGAAGUGUUACUUUACUUCAACCGCAACAUAGACCCACAGUUCCUCAGUUGUGGAAACAACCAACUAGCUCUGAGCACUAUCUCUGCAUACUUGCAGGAGUUUAAUAAACGAAAUCCUGGUAAAGAGACGUCGAUGAUGCAGGCGCUGACGGAUGCUUUCGGUGAAAUAAAGGCAAAUGAGAUGGUAGAUAAUUUAAAGCAAUCGAGAAUUGCGGAACUAAAGUAG